CGUCACACCAGUUAUCUAUCAAUCUAUGAGAGUAUGACUAUGUCCAUAUUAUAGAUCUUCAUUAUUUUUCUUUGUGAGAAUCGCCCAAUACCUACUUCCUGUUUUUCAGAUAACGAGAGAACAAUUUGUAAGUCCUGGGUAGUGAAAUUGUUACUUGAAUGUCAGACAGUGUAAUCUCUGCCCCCUCGCAACAAUCGACAUAGUAAUAAAACGAACAAAGUUCAAUCAUUUUCUCCUUCCGAAUGCUUAGGAUUUUUUGUUAAAAGAACGUAAUAGUUAUCCUGGAAAAUAGGAUUACUGAUUCCUGAAUUUUGAGUGACAAGUGAAAAGCUGGGCGCUGAAUUUAAUGUUUGAUAUUUAAAAAAAAAAAAAAAAAACCUGUUAUGAAACGUAUUUUUACAGUCUCCGUCCUUACUUACUCACACUAAACUCAUCCGUCCUUGCCAUCCAAAAAGCAAACUGCUAAACAAACAUGUCCUAUGUUGAAAAACUAGAAGUGCCAUCCUUUACUAUUGUCUUACUUUAUACUUUUUUUUACUUUGUUUUACUUUUUUUGAUAUUUUUGAAAAUUUGUUUAAAAAAUGGUCAGUAGAUGGCGUGUAGUUGUCAAAAACACAAACUCGUGUUUACCAUUCGAUGUCUGUUCCUCCCACAAAAUGUUCAAGAUGCUAUCAGAUUGUGGAACACCACUGAAUAAUCGAGAUGGCAAGCAUUCCGAUCGUAGAUUUAACUGCAUUAGUGCGAGAAAACGACAUCAGCAACGCCCACCUGAUCGUGAAACAACUGGAUGAAGCCUUUUCCACUGUCGGUUUCGUUUAUUUAACAAAUCAUGGAAUCGACCAAACUAUAAUUGACAAAGUUUUGAAAGCCUCCAAACACUUUUUCCUACUACCAGACGACAUCAAGAAGCAAACAUGUCGGGAUUAUUCGAAAAACAAUGACGGUUACGUCGGAAUUAAUCAAGAAAUAUUGGGGACUGAUAUUCAUCAUGAAAUCAAAGAGGCUUACAACCUUACCAGUUCGAAGAGUGUGUUUCCAUCAGAAGACACAAAUCCUGAAUUCCGGUCAUCCGUCACUGAUCUCGCCUUGAAACUGAGUGAACUAACCAGACGUUUACUUGCAUGUAUGGCUCUGGCACUAGGAUUGACAGAGAAUUAUUUCGUCGAUCGCCAUCGCUUCAUGUUUCAAGAUCAAGAUAAGAAUGCCACAACUUUUCGGACUUUGUAUUAUCCAUCGCUUUCCGAAUCGGAUAUCCAGCCAGGCAUUGUAAGAUGCGGAGCUCAUUCUGAUUACGGGACCAUCACACUCCUCCUACAAGACAGUGUUGGCGGAUUAGAGGUACUUUCCGGAAGCAAAUGGAUACCUGCUACUCCGAUCCCGGGGUCAAUCCUUGUAAAUCUUGGAGAUCUGAUGCAAUUCUGGACAUCGGAUCGUUACACUGCAACGGUUCACCGAGUGUUAGUGCCAGAAGAAGAAUUACGCCGAAAAUCGACUCGCCAAUCGAUCGCCUUCUUUGUUCAUCCGGAUAAUGACGUCAUGGUUUCUCAAUUAAAUGGUUCCAGCGACCAACCUGCAAUUGGAGCCCUGGAUUAUCUCAAGUCACGUCUCUCCGCCACCUACAAAUAUUAACAGAUUUUUACUUUAUCUUUCUCUUAAAAUUUUAGUUUUCUACAGCAAAAAAAAAAAAAAAAUCAUUUCUAACAAGAUUUAUGGACGUCUGGGUAUAUCUUUUUACCGAGGAUGGUGAGAACUCUUUUCCGCUUUUCCCACUGUAGGAUCAGAUUUUGUUACUCUAAAAAUCACAGGGAUGUUCAGUGAUUAGUAUGCGCUCAUUUUUAUGAAACUUUAUUUAGAAUUUGAUGUUUGUUAUUUAAAGAUUGGUCGAGAUUGGUAGAUGGUUCCUUUCAGCUUUCUAAAUCGUUUUCUAUCUACCGGAGAUUCGAUUCUCCACUCGCACCUGUAGACAUCGUUAUGUCUACAAUGCUAUUCACGUAAAUUUUUCUUGAUUUGCCCGGAAAACUUCUUGAAAUAGAUGUGGAAAGCUCCUCUGUACGAAUCAAUGGGUGAAAGUGUGUCAAAACCCAUAAUUUGACAAGCGCCAAAAAAUAUUGACUCCAGA